CUUGGGUCUGUAAUCAGGAGCAAGUGUGCUUUUCCUACUUUGGUGCACUCCAUCUAAGUAGGGAAACCAUAAAUUUUCACCAUUUUCCAGUGUCCCCUCUCUAAGAAUUUCCCCCUCCCAAAAAAUUUUCGUAUUCACAAGUUUUGUGUGGUCAGGGUAGUUUGUAAUCAGGGGAACGUUCACGUUGAUAUUUUUUCAAAAAUGUCUUCUACCAUGUGAAUUAAUUUGUAAUCGUGUGAGUUCUAGAACUAGGGUGAAUUGAUUGUGUUUUGACAGAAAUAUAAGUACAAAUGUGAUGUGGUUUGAGGAUGAAUAUCAUUGUCCAGUGUUCACUUCGUUAUUGAUUGAUAAUUUUCUGUAGAUAAUCAAGUGGAACCGCAUCCUCAGUAUAAUAUUCCUCUGCUUGAUAGGAACUUUGUCCAAAAUGACGUCACAUUCCAGCUGAACUGGAAACCUCAACCUCACACAAAUAAUGCUUCCUCCAAACGACCGUCAAGUGACGUCAGCAACCUGCCAAAAAAUCUGGCAAGACUCUAAGAUCAGACGACAGCUUUCUUGGUUGGAGUUCCCCUGUGAAGUCAGCCCAGAUAUCCGACAGAACUCUUCUUGGAACUCAUCUAGAAUAGUGAUUUAUGAAGUUCUAGAACAAGUUUCUUAGCUUAUUCCCUUGUUACGGAUUUAACUGACAACAGGAAUACUUCAAAUCUCAAGAUUUGAAACAGUGUGUGUGUGAUAUCAUAGACUGCAGUAACUGGAUUUCUAUAAAGAUACUUCAAAUCCCAAGUGUUUGAGCUUACCAAUACGGUACACCAAGAUUUGAAACAAUGAGAGUGAUAUUAUAAACUACAAUAACUUAAUGUGAAUUUUGUAAGGGAAGUGAAAAAGCAAUAAUAGUGAACAAAAUGGGAUUAAUAUUGAAAUUGCAGGACUUCUCUCAAGAAACGACGUGUUUGAAGCUGUUUGUGACAAUUUAUUGCGGCAUAAUUUGAAAGUUUCGUGCAAUAAAAAAGUUUUCAAAUAAAGCACUUUUGUACGGUGGUUUGGAAAGUUUGUGGAAGUGUUUUAUAUGCUAAACAGUGUGGGAUACAAGACACUUAUGACAAGUAGUUGACUGUGAGAUGAUGCACAGUGUGGGAGGGGCUUCCCAGGAUGAUGAGGAGGAGGUGGAGGGAGGGGCGGCUGCAGCAGCCAAUCACAGAGCAGCUUUGUCUUGAUCCAAAACGCCCCCUCUCGCGAGCUCCCCCACCCACUCGGCCCCAAAAACUAUGUCAAAGGAUAUGGCUGACAAAGCGGUCGAGACGGAAACCAGUGCUGCUCAAGAUAAUAACAGUGAUGUGCAAGACGGUGCCUACUGGAAGGUUGUACAACUGGAGUCUCUACUGGCAGCUCUGGUGAAUUCUAAGGUGGUGGCAAUUAAAGCCAACCGCGGAAGCAAGGCGUUUCUGCGCAAGCCAAGUGAUGGAGUGGCGCCAACCUCACCCACGCACCAUGAUCUCAGGUACCACAAACAUCACAGCCACCACCACGGCCACCACAAACACCACAGACACCAUCAUCAAGGUCACCACAAACACCAUAAGAAGCUAGCUCCUGCGGCGGCGGCAACCGCAAACGCAACUGCGGCCGCCGUCUGCAAGGUGAAACAGUGGGAUGACGGGUCGGCCACCAUGGUGCAUCUCAGCCGAGACGCAUCAGUCACGGCCGAAACGCACUUCUGUCAUGGCGGCGCAAUGGAGGGCGGUGAGGAGGAGGACGAGGAUGAGGAGGGGUGCCGGUGUCAUUACAAAAUGCGUCCAGACGACACCCACUUCGUAACCGUCGACAUGGAGUUGGACGACCUUGACCUAGACUCAGGUCCCGCCGGGGUCAUCGACCCCAGAGGUCACCGACCCCGUCGCAAACGGCGGAAACGCAAACAGCUGACCGACCACCACAAACGCAAACAGCUGACUGACCGACAGCUGAUGUACGCGCAUGCGCGCGAGGCCGCAGCCAAGUAAGGUAGUUGACCCGGAUGACCUUCCCAAACGCGCCAAGUGGACUAUCAUCAUAACAGCUGGGUUUCUGCUCUUCACGUGUAUGCUGUUGGUGGGGAUAACGCUAAGGAUGGCGCCGAUUAUCGAUCAGAUGGUGCGAAACCAAAACGAAGAGCUGAUGAACUCUUUGAAUAGACAAGAUUUCAACGAUUCAAUUCUUAUGGCAUGAUGAUGGCCUAUCAUUUGUCUCUUAUCAGCACUUUGAGACAAUGUAACGACCAGAAGACUGCCGAAAGCACGAAGAAGCAGCGCAGCAACAGGAAGUUGGGACCGCUGCUGGAUGGGUGACCGCCGCCGUAGCUCGGCAAGAUGGCGGCCAGAGCUAUGCAGCGGAUCAGUUCAAAGAUGGCCGCUCUAGGGUGGUCCUCGAACAUUAGACCAAUCACAGUGAGCGAAACUAAAAUGUAGAUUACUGAGCAGAAAACUGCUGCCGGGCUCAUGUUCUGAAACAAAGCCCAAACAUAACAAUAAAUAUAACAACGUGAGUAAGUGAGACAAUCGAUAAUGCAAUAAACAUAAUGUGUAAUUAAAAAAUACCGUAUUAAAAAAACUUUUGUGUGGUUAAUAUCAUUGGAUAAGCUCGAAAACAGUAUCAAAAAUCGUAAUUGAACGUGUCCAGUCUCGAAGAUGUGUGCUUCAAAGAUUAAAAAUUCAAGAUUCAUUUAUUGUCAGAACAUUGAGAACAAAUAAUGUAGGCCAAAAAUAUCGUAAUAAAAAUACAUUUGGUGUGGUUAAUAUCAUUAGAUGAGCUCGAAAACAUUAUCGACAAAUCGUAAUUGAACAUGUCAGUCUCAAAUAUGUGCUUCAAAGAUUCAAGAUUUAAGAUUACGGUAAUUUAUUGACAGAACAUUAAAAACAAAAUGUGAGACAUCGUUAAAAACCAUACAAGCAAUAAUAAGUUAAACAGGAUCAAUAUAUCGCAGGUCAAAACUACAAAUUUAACAACAUUAUUUAUAAAAUAGAAUUAUUGUAACCUUCUACUGAAAAUAAUAGAUUGAGAAUAAAACUUGUAACUAAGUUAUAAAUUGACUAAAUUUACUUUAUAACUAAGUGAUAAAUUGUAUUAUUACUUUAUUAUAUUAUUAUUUUUUGAAAAAGGUUCUAUAAUUAUAUUUUAUAAAUCAAAAUAAGUAGCCCUGAUUCUAUAAAUUUUAACAAGAUCACAGGUCAAAAAUUGCACAAAAUUGGAACUGCUAGAACAGUAUAAGAGAGUAAAGCUGCGUUUACACCAAAGUUAUUAAUAUAAUGUUGAUAACUUAAUCCCUUAUAGAUCCUAUUAAAUUCAACAGAACUUGACAAACACAGAUGCUCAUCAUGUGUA